AUGUCAGCCGGUCGCUUUCCGGUCAAUCUUUUAGAUCCCCUAUGCUUCAGUUUUGGUCCACGUCAAGCUAGGCCUUUUCGUACUGUCACGGCCGCGUUCUUCCACUAUGCCAAGGCACAGCCUGACGCCAUCGCAGCGCGAGACUUUUCGCAGCCUUCAGUCCGGACUAUUACUUAUGGCGAGCUAGCGUCCCGAAGCCGGCGGCUCGCUACCCACCUCCGUACGCUAGGCGUUGAGCCUGGAGAUCGUGUACCACUGGUCGUCAAGCGAGGCAUUGAAAUGUUGGUCGGUAUCAUAGCCAUCCUCUCAUGUGGUGCACAAUAUGUGCCUCUUGAUGGCGGUGUGGUUCCCGAUACUACCCUGCGUGUUGUCUUAGAACAAAGUGGGGGAGGCGUCGCUGUCUGUCUUGCCUCCACCGAGUAUCGACUUUCCACCAUCGAUGAAAAAGGCUGUCGGUCUGUGAUUAUUGACGAAGAGAUCGAGGAGCUCAAGUCGUGGGAGGGAAAUUACCCAAUUGAAGAGAGCUUCGUUGACCUUGCCAGAGAAGAUCUUGGAUGCUAUGUCAUUUACACCUCUGGCACAACUGGAGCACCGAAGGGAGUCGACGUAACACACGAAAAUGUGACGAAUUUGAUUGGCUUGUCUCCUGGCAACCUUGGUAUCAAGCCCGGGGUGCGAGUAGGUUCAGUUCUCAACAUUAGUUUUGAUAUGGGUGCAUGGGAAAUUCUUGGGAGCCUCUGCAAUGGAGGCACCCUCAUUUUGAGAGGUUCAGAUUGGGCGCAAGCUCUUCGUGAGAUAGAGGUUCUCAUUUGCACGCCGAGUAUUUUGGCCAAGUACAGCCCGGAUGUAUAUCCCAACAUCAAGAUGGUCGCGACUGCUGGAGAACCUAGUGGGCAAAGGAUAGCUGAUUUAUGGGCUUCUCAUGGUACAUACUACAACUGUUGUGGUCCUACAGAAACCACCAUUGUAAACACCAUGCAUAAACACAUUCCAGGUGGCCCCCUGACCAUCGGCGCGCCAACUCCGAACAAUUCAGUCUAUGUGCUGGAUGAAGAUCUACAGCCUGUACCAGUUGGACAGCCUGGUCUUAUGUGGGGAGGUGGCCUUGGUAUCACAAGGGGCUAUAUUAACUUACCGGAUACUACAGCUGUCAAAUACAGACCAGACACGUUCGCAAAUGAUGGCAGCAUGAUGUACAAUACGGGUGACAUCGGCCAAUGGAGGCCAGAUGGCGUUUUGGAUAUCCUCGGUCGAGCUGACGAUCAAGUCAAAGUCAAAGGAUUUAGAGUGGAGCUUGACGGAGUGUCAGCAUCUUUGAAUAGAUGUCCUGGAGUGAUCCGAGCCACAGCUCUGCUUAUUCAAGGAGAGAUUCACGGAUAUCUGGAGCCAAUGACCAUAAAUCUCGAUGCUGUCAAGCAGCAAUUGACGCUACAACAACCAUACUACGCCGUUCCUAGCAAAUUUCAUCUGCUAGAAACUCUCCCCGAGACUAGCAAUGGCAAACUCGAUAAAAAGCUGCUUCGCGCAAUGGCUGGGUCCGCAAAGGACGACAAGUUGUUGGCAUCCAGUGCUUCUGGCAGUAACAUAUCAACCUCUGGAUCAGAGACGUCUGGCAGUCUAAUGAAGGGUGCUGCUACCAACGGAAUCACUGUUAGUGCCGCAAGUAUCGACGAGAAGUCCGAUUUGUCCGCAGAUAUACCCGACAAGAGUCUCAGAAAACCGUUCAGAGGCCUCAUUUAUCGUGUAUUCAUUGUUUACCGCUUCUUGUUCUCUUUGGUCGGCCUUGGGAAUGUGGGUGCUCUGAUUGCUAUCCUGUUCAAAGGAGUUGACCGGCAAUGGCUCGGCACAAUGACAGCCAUCAACCUUGUUCUGGCUGUACUGAUUCGUCAAGACUUUGUCAUAAACGCUCUAUACACCAUCUGCUGUUCUGUGCCUACAUCUUGGCCGCUUUUGAUACGCAAAAAGUGCGCCAAAAUAUAUCACUUGGGUGGUGUCCAUUCAAGCGCUGCCGUAUGUGCGGCCAUGUGGCUGCUCGCGUCGAACAUCUCAAACAUCACUUGCCAACUAGCCCCUGAGACAUGUAUCGCGGGGGAAGCAUCCCAAUCGUUAGCCACCGCCGUUGUCUCUUGGAUUCUUACAGCGUUCUUUCUUCUCAUGUUCGGAUUCGCUUGGCCUCCAUUUAGGAAGCGAAAUCAUGAUUUAUUCGAGAAAGUCCACCGCUUUGUUGGAUGGACAAUGCUUGGGCUCUUCUGGGUCCAAGCAGUGCUGUCGGUCAAUGAUAGUAAGCCGGCUCACCAAUCCUUGGGUUCUGCCUGGUUACGCGCCCCAACACUCUGGCUGCUCGUUGUCGCGACGUGUAGUAUUGCCUUGUCGUGGCUAUAUCUUCGCAGGGUUCGUGUUGAUGCAGAGGUCUUGUCACCCCAUGCUGUCCGCUUGCAUUUCGAUUACACCGUUCCUGUCAAUGGAAGCUUCACACGUAUCUCUAGGAAGCCUCUUUUUGAAUGGCACUCCUUUGCCACCAUUCCAGCUCCCCAAGCCGUGAAUGGUCGGUCAAAAGGCUACUCUCUCGUGGUAUCCAAUGCAGGUGACUGGACGAAAGACAUAAUUAAUAAUCCGCCCACUCAUUUGUGGGUACGAAGUGUACCGACUUGUGGCGUGAUGCGCAUUGCUACGCUAUUCAACCGGGUUGUGGUCAUAGCCACCGGGUCGGGUAUUGGGCCCCAGUUAGGCCAUCUCCAGAAUCCUAGUUGCCCGACCAAAUUGAUCUGGUCAACCCCCAACCCGGAAAAGACGUUUGGGCGUCCCAUGCUGGAUGCUAUCCGCGAAAAGAUCCCAGAUGCUGUGAUUCAUGACACGAAGCUACUCGGACGGCCGGACUUGGUUAAGAUGGGUUACAGUCUCGCUAAGAGUUCCGGUGCCGAGGCCGUGAUUAUCAUCGCCAAUGAGAAGAUCACCAAGAAAGUCGUGUACGGGCUCGAAACUCGUGGCAUUCCGGCAUAUGGUGCUAUCUGGGAUAGCUGA